AUGCCUGAAUCAGAUCAAUCCUCCCCAAACUCUCCAGUUCACAACUCAAACCAAACCAAUAACAACAACUCCCGCAUCCUUGAUCCCUAUGUUAUACACCCUAGUGAUAAUCCAUCUAUUAUUCUGUUCUCUCCAUUGCUUCAAGUUGAUAACUAUGGUGCCUGGGUUCGAGGAAUUACCAAAGCGUUGAAUGCCAAAGGAAAGCUGGGAUUUGUUGAUGGCUCCUUACCACCCCCAGAAGAUGAUCUCACGCAUCGCUGCUGGAAACGUUGUGAUGACCUAGUGGGAAGCAGGAUUUUAAAUUAUGUCCAUCCAGACAUCCGUGAAAGCUGUCUCUAUACAGCUUCUUCUCAUGCUAUAUGGAAGGACUUACAGGUACGGUUUUGUGUAUCUAAUGAUCCAAUUCUAUUUCUUUUGAAAUCAGCAAUUGCUUCCAUCAAGCAUGAAUCUAUGCCUGUUUCACUCUACUAUACAAAGAUUAGAACCCUUUGGGAUCAGUAUGAUUCUCUGGUCGCUUCUAUGGAAGCUUGUAUUUGUGGUGCUGGAAAACACAUGUUGGAAAGGCUGGAAAGAGAUCGUGCCAUGGAGUUUUUGCAGGGACUCCAUGAUAGGUUCUCCAAUCUUCGCAGCCAAAUAUUGACUACGGAUCCCUUCCCUACUGCUCUGCGCAUCUUCAACCUGGUUCAACAGGAAGAAGAACAACAACACAUAACUGUUGCUCCCUUUCCAACUGUUGAAGCUGCUGCUCUCAACUCCAAUCGACACUUUCCAUCAACCUCUCGUGCUCCGGUAAGCCAGAACAAACGCCGGCGCCUACACUGCGAUUACUGCAACAAACACGACCAUGUUCGAGACAAAUGCUACCGCCUGCAUGGUUUUCCUACCACCAACAGUUCUCAGCCUCCAGACAACAAUAAUCUGCAAAUCACUGCUGCUGGUACAGCCGUUCCAGCUGAUACAUCUGCCAUUCAGCAAGCUUUCCCAACAUUGUCUGCUGAUCAAUAUGCUCGUCUUCUAGCUUUGAUCGACCCUGCACCAGAAUCUGCACAGGUUGAACCACGUGCCAACUUUGCAGUCUUUGAUUCAAAUGCAAUUACCGGAUAG